GGCCUCGCGGCCUGAAGGGGCGGCUCCUUGCAGGGGGUAGUCCCUCCCGAUUCCUUGAAAGCACCACAUAAAGCGGUCGGCCCCUCCAGAGAACUGGGUCAGAGCUAAGAGAAAAUGGUCUCAAUGUGAGGCUCAGGAAAGACUGAAAAUGAAAGCCCUCAAGCAGCCAUUAGGAAAUCACAAAAACAUUCACGUAAGCAUGUUUACGCGCACCGAUGCACAGAGAGGCAGGCAUCGGUGUGAACAGCCGCACUUCUAGAAGGUUCUACAGUGCGCAGGAGCGCAGGGAGAGGCGACGGCCCGAGGGAGCGAAGGACCCUGGGUCACGAGACCGUUGGGUGGGCGGGGCCAGCGGCCGGGCUGCUCUGGUCUGUUCGGCCUCGCGGCAGCCGCCCCCUUCGCUUGGUCACGCCGCGCUCGCCCCGGGCUUGGAAUCGGGCCCCGCCGCCCCCGGCCAUGGACCCCCGCAAAGUCAGCGAGCUCCGGGCCUUCGUAAAAAUGUGUCAGCAGGACCCGAGCGUCCUGCACACCGAGGAAAUGCGCUUCCUGAGGGACUGGGUGGAGAGCAUGGGGGGUAAAAUACCACCUGCUACUCAUAAAACUAAAUCAGAAGAAAAUGUCAAGGAAGAAAAAACAGGUAGUAACAAGGCGGAGGAAAACAUAAAGACAGAGGAGCCACCAAGUGAAGAAAGCGACCUAGAAAUUGACAAUGAAGGUGUGAUUGAACCAGACACUGAUGCCCCUCAAGAAAUGGGAGAUGAAAAUGUAGAGAUAACAGAGGAGAUGAUGGAUCAGGCAAAUGAGAAAAAAGUGGCUGCCAUUGAUGCCCUAAAUGAUGGUGAGUUACAGAAAGCCAUUGACUUGUUCACAGACGCCAUCAAGCUGAAUCCUCGCUUGGCCAUUCUGUAUGCAAAGAGAGCCAGUGUCUUCAUCAAAUUACAGAGGCCAAAUGCUGCCAUCCGGGACUGUGACAGAGCUAUUGAAAUAAAUCCUGAUUCAGCUCAACCUUACAAGUGGCGAGGAAAAGCACACAGACUUCUGGGCCAUUGGGAAGAAGCAGCCCAUGAUCUUGCCCUUGCAUGUAAACUGGAUUAUGAUGACGACGCUAGUGCAAUGCUGAAAGAAGUGCAACCUAGGGCUCAGAAAAUUGCAGAACAUCGGAGAAAGUAUGAACGAAAGCGUGAAGAACUAGAGAUCAAAGAAAGACUAGAACGGGUUAAGAAGGCUCGAGAAGAACAUGAGAGAGCCCAGAGGGAAGAAGAAGCCAGACGACAGUCAGGAGCUCAAUAUGGCUCUUUUCCAGGUGGCUUUCCUGGGGCAAUGCCUGGUAGCUUUCCUGGAGGAAUGCCUGGAAUGGGAGGGGGCAUGCCUGGAAUGGCAGGAAUGCCUGGACUCAAUGAAAUUCUUAGUGAUCCAGAGGUUCUUGCAGCCAUGCAGGAUCCAGAAGUUAUGGUGGCUUUCCAGGAUGUGGCUCAGAAUCCAGCAAAUAUGUCAAAAUACCAGAGUAACCCAAAGGUUAUGAAUCUCAUCAGUAAAUUGUCAGCCAAAUUUGGAGGUCAGGCGUAAUGCGCUGACAGAUAACACCUAUGCUGAAGGAAAAGCAACUUAGAUCACCUAAUGGAUGUCGCAAUAAUACAAACCAGUGUACCUCUGACCUUCUCCUGAAGAAAGCUGGGGUGCUUUGAAGAUAAUCCCUACCCCUGUACCCCAAAUUGCAGCUGAAAUAUUUUACAGUGGUUUGCCAUUAGGGUAUUCAUUCAGAUAAUGUUUUCCUACUAGGAAUUAUAAACUUUAAAUACUUUUUAAACCUUAAAAAUAUUUAAAACAAAUUAAAAGGGUGUGUUAAUCCCUACAGUUUUCUUUAUUAAUCAUUUUGGGAGUUUUCUUUGAAUUACUUGGGCAAGGAAGAUGAUUCAUUGUUCAGUUUGAGAGAUAUUAGUUGGAGGUAAAUAAGAAAUUGAAACAAAUUGUUUGAAGUUGGAUAUAUGGUCUCUGAGGCAUUUUAAUUUGUCUUUUUAAAUGCUUUAUUUAAAAAAAUAUUUUGACAAAACUGUUGGGACCAUCCGUAUUUGAGUGGGACUAGGUGGGGACUGGAAGGCCUUGGCUGGGCAGCAGCACUCACCCCGGGUCCAGUGACACCCAUGUGCGGGUGCAUUGACAUCUUACACUGUAUUGAAGGGAUUAUUUUUUAUAAUGCUGCAGUCAAGUUGGCUGACUUACCUAUUGUCAGAGCUAUGAAAUAAGUGUUUAAUGUUAUUUCCACAUAGGGAAAAUAGGGAAAUACUUUCUUUUUUUCUAGUUCUGUUUUUAUUACCUUUCCUGGUUGGAAGGUUGGCCUUCUCUUUGUCUUAUUUUCUGCUUUCAUAGUUUUCCCUCCCUUACUGUUCUUGGGCUAAAGAUAGUCCAUUUCCACUAGUACCAUCACUGCUGCCAUCACUCACAGUAUAAUUGUGCAAGCAUUUUUAAUGCUGAGUUCAAUUUAAUAUAUUACAUACAGUAACUAUGAAGGGUAAUACCCCAGACAGCUGUAGUUUCUUACUUGGUGAGAGGUUUCAUGUUUAAUUGUCUUAGAUUUCCACUUAGGUAUAAUUUUAUCACAUCAAAAGAUGUUGGAAGGAAGGAUUCCUUUUGGUUUUUUAUUUGGGAAAUAACUUGCCAUUUGAAUCUUGUAGUAUUCAUCUUUGUAUUUUGGAGCAUGUGAGGUUUGAGUAUAAGGAUGUACAUACACAGUGGGGAACCUAACUUCUGAUCUAACAUGAGUUGGGAAAUUGAUGACAUCCAUUGGCUUGUCAUUGUGGAGUUGGUGGCAUCAUGAGAGAUUGUUUUCUUCUUCAGCUCUUAAAUACUAUGGCCAUAUCACCACCCUCUCUUUUCUUUCCUCUAUCUCCUCCAAGAAUAAAGAAAAUAGGUUGUCUGUAAAACAUUCAACUUUCCAUUAAAUAAGCUAAAAUUCAGGCAUGGCACCAAGAAUUCUCUAGGUUUCUCCCUAUUUUUCAACUUCAAUUGCUUGUAUUUGAAAGCAAUUACAAAGGGUGAGACCCUCUGUAUUUUGAUUAUUUGAAGAAUCAGUGGUAGAAGCAAUAAAGAAAUUCCAUGGAA